UACAUUUGUGUUAUAUAUUAUUUAAAUACUAUAAAACUUUUUAUUAUACAAUUGAUGGAGAAAUCGGCGGACAUACAAAAAACAAUACAGUGGAACGUGGAUACUCCUUCUUUUUUAGAGUCGGUUAAAAACUAUCCAACAUCUAGACAAAACUGGUUUUCUAGUCGCAAAAAAAUAAGACAUUUAUAUGUAUUUGUUGGCGUAGAUUAGAUACAGCGAAACAUUUUAAUUAUUAAUAUUCCAUUAAGAGGCUACCUUGUAGUGCCGACAUAGAAUGGGCCACCUUUUACUUUCCCGUGGGUGUCGUAAAAGGCGACUAAGUUAACUCAAUGAUCAAAAGAUGGCCAGCAGCGUCCCUCUUCACCAAAACGCGAAUUAAUGUUUCCAACCACCUGCCAAGCGUGGCAGCUAAUGGCAACGCCCUUCUUAUGAGGGAAGCUUAUGUAGAUAAUUAACGGCUUCUACAAACAUACUUCGUUAAGUAAAUAUAUCUUUAUCCUUAUCUUAAUAUGAUGAUGAUGAUGUAGGAAUCUUUUUAUUAUUAUUUCAGCCCUUAACUGUCCACUGUUAAACAUAAGCCUUCCCCAUAAGGGGAGUUUUGCCAGUAGUUACCACGCUUGGCAAGUGUAGUAUAUUAUGUUCACGUACUGGCCACUAAUAAUUUUGUAAAUACUGGCCGGUAAUAAUUUGUUCUAUUUAUUCUUCCAAUGAAUAAAUUAGUGUUUAACCAACUCGCUUGCGUAUCACUACAGCAAGCGAGUUGGCUACCGCAGUUAAGCUUUUACAAAUGUUUUAAGAGGGACGCUACUGCCCAUCCCUUCACCAUAAGCUUCCUUAGUCGCCUUUUACAAUCCCUACGGGUCUUAUACUUAUCACAGUCACAUAGGUAUUUUAAUUUAGAGAAUAUACUCAUUUUUAUUUGCAAUUUUUUAUCUUUAAAUUGUUAGGUAUUACGGAAAGCUAUUUACAAUGCCAUAGAGCGUCGAACAAUCUAAAUACGAGUGCACUCUCUGACGCCUAACUUUUUUACACAUUCCAAUUUUCCUUGAGAAACGAAUGUAGCUACUAAAUAUAGUCAGAAACUGUAAAUCUAGUAACAGUUUAGUAGUAUUUAAAGAGAUCUUGUAAAUGUUAACGAUUAAAUAGAACAGGGAAACGUCCAAGAUGAAACGUAUCACUUUAGUCGUGUUGGGUUUACUAGUUUUGGUAGCUUGUGUAUCAACACACCCAGGAUGGAAAGGCAAAGGAAACGAUGAUAAAAAUAAAGGAAGCAAGGAUGAUGGCGGCCAGAAUAAAGACGCCAAAAACGAUGGAGGCAAAAACGACGGCAAAGGUGGUGGUGGCGAUGGUGGAAAAAGCGGUGGUGAGAAAGGUGACAAUAAAAAAGAUGGCGGAAAGGAUAGCAGCAACAGCGACUCAAAAAGUGAUGAAAAAUAUGUUGUCAAGGGAGCUUUCUAUAAGAAAUAUUGGUGAUAGCCUGUGGAAAAUUUAAAAAAGAAAAAAAAAACACGUUCAUUAUUUCUUAAACUGAUAUUUAAUGUAAUAUUUAUUAUUAAUUAACAGUUGUGCCAGCUACCCACUUUUAUCUGUUCUCCUUUAACUAAAGGUUGUCUGUAAGAGAUUGCCCUAACGAUAAGACCGCCUUUUGUACCUUUAUGUGUAUAUUUUAAACUGUACUUUAUGCUAUUGUAUUUCACUUGAAUUUUCUAAUUGUCAUGCUAUAUUUUUAUAAUUUUGAUGCAAUAAAGAGUUAAAUAAAAAAAUAUAGGCAGGCACAAUAUUUAGUAAUAAGUAAAUUAUAUAAAUAAAUUGUUAUUCUGAGCAAGUGUCACUUUUUCUAAGACAUUCCUACGUAAUACUCUGGUAAUACAUACAUAAUAAUGUAUUGGAGCAAAUCGUACGAGUAAUAAUUUUACUUAUAGGUGUGUAUCUACUUUACAUUCCUGGUUUACAAAUUUAUUGAUACAUUGAGACCAAGAAAAUAUAUCUAUUAAAAAAAACUAUACCUACUACGUACAAACUAG